UCUCUUGCUUUCAUUAUCACGGACCACACCGAUUUCAAAAGGAUAAAAAUUUUGAUUUUUUUUGUUUUCAAUUAUCUUGAAACAAUUAAAAUAUUUUCAUCCACAUCAACAUUUUAAUCUUUUUUUCAAUCCUUAAAAUUUGUUUAAUAAUUUAGUUUAAUUAAUCGUUCAUCAACUUUUAAAUAAUAAUGGCUGAUAAUGAUAAUGAUUUGUUAGAUUAUGAGGAAGAUGAAGAACAGGCACCGAUUGGUGGUGAUCUUUCCAAUAAUCAAACAAACAAUAAUGGUACAGUCAAUGACACGAAAAAAGCUGGUUAUGUUUCCAUUCAUUCUAGUGGUUUUCGUGAUUUCCUAUUGAAACCCGAAUUAUUACGUGCUAUCGUUGAUUGUGGUUUUGAACAUCCCAGUGAGGUCCAACAUGAAUGUAUUCCACAAGCUAUCCUUGGUAUGGAUAUUCUUUGUCAGGCAAAAUCUGGUAUGGGUAAAACGGCCGUUUUUGUUUUGGCCACAUUACAACAAUUGGAUCCAGUCGAUGGACAAAUAUCCGUAUUGGUCAUGUGUCAUACACGUGAAUUGGCGUUUCAAAUAUCCAAAGAAUAUGAACGUUUCUCCAAAUAUAUGCCUAGCAUACGUGUGGCAGUUUUCUUCGGCGGUCUCACCAUUACCAAUGAUGAAAAAGUUCUACGAAUGAAUCCACCACAUAUCGUUGUUGGUACACCUGGUCGAAUUUUGGCAUUGAUUCGUAACAAAAAGUUGAAUCUAAAAAAUAUCAAACAUUUUAUUCUAGAUGAAUGCGAUAAAAUGCUUGAACAACUUGAUAUGCGACGAGAUGUUCAAGAAAUCUUCAAAGCUACACCUCAUGAGAAACAAGUCAUGAUGUUUAGUGCUACAUUGUCAAAGGAAAUUCGACCAGUUUGCAAAAAAUUUAUGCAAGAUCCUAUGGAAGUAUACGUGGAUGAAACAAAACUUACAUUGCAUGGCCUACAACAAUAUUACGUCAAACUUAAAGAUUCGGAAAAGAAUCGAAAAUUGUUUCAAAUUCUUGAUGAUUUAGAAUUCAAUCAGGUGGUAAUUUUCGUCAAAAGUGUACAACGAUGUGUUGCUUUGGCAAAUUUAUUGGUCGAACAGAAUUUCCCAGCUAUUGCCAUUCACCGUGCUAUGACACAAGAGGAACGUUUAUCCCGUUAUCAACAAUUUAAAGAUUUCCAAAAACGUAUAUUGGUCGCCACAAAUUUAUUUGGUCGUGGUAUGGAUAUUGAACGUGUCAAUAUCGUAUUCAAUUACGAUAUGCCCGAAGAUAGUGACACUUAUCUACAUCGUGUUGCACGUGCCGGUCGUUUUGGAACUAAAGGUUUAGCUAUAACGUUUGUGAGCGACGAAAGCGAUGCCAAAGUGUUGAAUAGUGUUCAAGAUCGUUUUGAUGUUUCAAUUCCAGAAAUGCCUGCCGAUAUUGACGUUUCUACUUAUUUCGAAGACAAAUGAACAAAAAUUCUGAUUGAUUCGAUAUACCAACAUUUUGCACAUCAUCACCAUAUGAACUUUAUCUUUACAUUAUUUUUAUUGGUUUAAAAAAUCAUCACUCAAACACAAUUGUCCUUUUUUUUGUAAUUCAAACACAAAAUAGUUCUGUAGGUUUUGAUUUGUAAUUCAUCAUAAUUCAUUUCUAAACUAAUCGAAAGAAAGAAAAAAAAAUUAUUCGCAAAAAAACUUGA